CUCACCACGUAGGCUGUACAGGCCCCAUGUUCAAGAGAAGAACAACUCAGCAAAAGUGCAUGACUCAAGAGGACCUGAAUGCGGGAAACAUGAACACAUGUUGUUGCCGUUGCCUCUGGACGAGCAGAAUUAUGGAGCUACCGCAGCACGGACGAGACGCGUCCCGCGUGAGUCAGUGUCAAGACACAGUCCAGCAAAGAGAGAUUACGUGGUUGCUGGUGUGCUUUGCUAUGCCAACCUAAUAAACUUCAUGGACUGGUUCAUUGUACCAGGCAUCCUGCUGGAUAUCCAGAAAUACUUCAAGCUUGGUGAUGGGGACGCAGGUCUAUUGCAAACAGUCUUUAUCUUGUGUUACAUGCUGGCUGCCCCCUUCUUUGGAUACCUCGGUGACCGUCAAAAUAGGAAAAUCAUCCUUGGGGCUGGUAUUUUCUUCUGGUCUGGCGUAACAUUAGGAAGUUCAUUCAUCAAUGAGUCGUAUUCCUGGAUGUUCUUUCUUUCACGAGGCCUAGUUGGCAUUGGCACAGCUAGUUAUUCCACAAUAGCACCUACCAUCAUUGCAGACCUAUUUGAGGAAGGAAAAAGGACCACAAUGUUAUCAGUCUUCUACAUCUUCAUUCCAGUUGGAAGUGGUCUGGGAUAUGUCCUAGCAUCCAGCAUGGCAAGUGCCACAGGAGACUGGCACUGGGCAUUCAGGGUAACUCCUUGCAUGGGAACUCUAGCCCUUGUUCUUCUGAUCCUGGUCGUCCCUCGCAGGACCCAGAGAAGGACAGAAGCGCACAGAGCACUCAGCAUCUCCGGCACGAUUCGAGUAGCAGCUGAAAAACCAGGUGUACAGGGAACUGGCAAGACAACUUGGUGUGAAGAUGUCAUAUCGCUUGGCAAAAACUGGAGUUUUGUGUGGUCCACCCUGGGUCUGACUGCCAUGGCCUUUGUUACCGGAGCCCUGGGUCUGUGGGUGCCGCUGUUUCUCUACAGAGCUCAGCUUGUCCAGGGCCUUGUAUCCCUGUGUCUCCAAGAGUCAUGCAAUUCACCCAACAGCCUGAUAUUUGGAGGCAUCACCAUUGGGACAGGAAUCUUGGGUGUUGUUGCUGGGGCAGAAGUUGCAAGAAGGUUGAGGAAGAUUAACAGUAAAGCGGAUCCUCUGAUCUGUGCUGCCAGCAUGUUCCUUUCUGCCCUGUGCCUCUACGUAGCUCUGGUUGUGGCCCAGAUGAACAUCCUUCUCACUUUUAUUUUUAUUGCAUUUGGAGAACUGUUUUUAUCUGUAAACUGGGCUGUUGUGACAGACAUACUGUUGUAUGUUGUGACACCCCGACGGCAGUCGACAGCAAUAGCCCUGCAGAUUUUGGUGAGCCACUUGCUGGGAGAUGCAGGCAGCCCAUAUCUCGUUGGGAUUAUCUCCAAUGCUAUCCAGGCCAAGAAUCCCAGCUCUUUCCAAUGGAGUUUCUGGAGCCUACAGUACAGCUUCAUCAUGUGUGUGUUUGUCGGUGUCUUUGGAGGAAGUUUUUUCCUCCUGACUUCUUUCUACAUUGAGGAAGAUCGCAAGGAAGCAGUGCAGCUUUGAGGUACCAGGACUGAAGGCUGCCUUUCAAAGGAAGAUGAACUCCGGGACAAGAUAUGCAAGGAUGAAGAACCUCUUCCCCUUUUUCUUUCCUUUUGCUUAAUGAGAUACAAUUAGAGAAAAGGCCAAAUGGCAAUUUCUCCAUAUGGCAGGAAAAACCUGCAUAUUGACUUUUUGGAUGCUUCUGAUUGUAAGUCCAAAAUUGCUACUGAAUUGGCACAUGGCAGCACUCCCCCAUCUGCGGAACAGGCAUGAAUGGGCUGGGGAGCUGCAGAAGGCAGCAGACAGAUCUGCCACGGACACAGCCAUAACCUAGACCAGACAGUGGCAUUUAAGGCAAAUGUCUCUUGAAGAUUAGGAUGGGAGGCCUAUGAAUCCUUAGCAGGAUAAAAUUUGCCUUUAGGAUUUGGAAAAUGUGGCCAAUAUAAGUAAUAUAUUCAGUCAUCUGAAAUGACGAAGAGAUUAGUCAAGGCAAGUGCCAGGUUUGAGAGUGGAGAGUUGUAAUUCUCCAUGUAAUAUAUUAAUGCCUUUGUUAUAAUCCUUUGAGGCUCUUCCAUGCAGUGCCAGGCUUUGG